UGUAGACCGGCAUUUUCCCACAACACCCUGCUCCAGCUCUCACAGAUGACGAAAAUGGCGGAUAACUCAUCUUCGGUCGAGAUUGUUGAGGGUUGUCGCCUCCCCGUUCUUCGUAAAAACCAAGAACACGAGGACGAAUGGCCGUUGGCUGAGAUUUUAAGCGUGAAGGAAGUCUCUGCCAGAAAGCUUUACUAUGUUCACUAUAUUGACUUCAACAAGCGCCUGGAUGAGUGGGUCACAGGGGACAGGCUGGACAUGAAGAAGCUCCAGUUUCCUAAGAAAGAAGCUAAAACACCCACCAAGAAUGGUCUUUCAGGCUCCCGUCCCAGUUCUCCAGAGAGAGAAGUGAGGAAGAGUCUAGAUCUCAACGUACAACCUGCCACAGCUCCUUCCAGAGGCAAAACCCUCCCCACACCGCUAUCGGGUCAUGCUGAACUGCAUGGAAAUCCAGAUAUAAACAACCAUGACACAAAAAAAGAAGAUGAUGAUCCAGUCGUGCAGAUCACAUCUGGAAGUGCUUUAACACACAGUGUAUCCAAAUGUUUGUCAGGUGUAUGCACUGGACUUGUCAAGCCCCGUUUCAGCUUCAAAUCUGUCAAGAAGAGGAAAGUAGAGGCCGUCCCCUUGGCGACUCAGGUAUCCCCGGCCACCCCUGUGCCCUCCCUGCCAAGUUCAGCUGAAGCCUCUCAGGCAUCUGUUUUUCCUGCUGUGAGGGAGACCAACACCUUCAAGUCCCGCGAAGACCAUGACCAGCUCUCCUCGCUCACAACAAACGGCACUGCCCGACGACUAGUCCCGUCACAGCCCGGGAGGAAGCGGAAAGCGAACUGUGGCGGAGCUGAAGAGAUGAUAAAGGUAUUGCAGUAUAACAACCCUCAAAGUGCCAGUGUCUUUCUACCACCACCAGAGGAUUCCCAGGACAGUUCAGACGGCAUCCCAACUGCACCCCGCAUGACAGGCAGUCUGGUGUCCGACCGCAGCCAUGACGACAUCGUCACCCGGAUGAAAAACAUAGAGUGUAUAGAGCUGGGACGUCACAGACUGAAGCCCUGGUACUUCUCACCAUACCCACAGGAACUCACCACAUUGCCCAUCCUCUACCUCUGUGAAUUCUGUCUCAAGUACCUCAAAAGCCUGAAGUGUCUCCAGAGACAUUUGACAAAAUGUAAUCUAAGACAUCCUCCAGGCAACGAGAUCUACCGCAAAGGCACCAUCUCAUUCUUCGAGAUUGACGGCAGGAAAAACAAAAUGUAUUCCCAGAACCUGUGUUUACUUGCUAAGUGUUUCCUGGACCACAAAACCUUGUAUUACGACACAGACCCCUUCCUCUUCUAUGUAAUGACGGAGUAUGACUCCAAAGGUUUCCACAUAGUGGGCUACUUCUCUAAGGAAAAAGAGUCGACUGAGGAUUAUAAUGUUGCCUGCAUCCUGACCCUGCCUCCCUACCAGCGGAGAGGCUAUGGCAAACUGCUGAUUGAGUUCAGCUACGAGCUGUCCAAGGUAGAAGGGAAGACAGGAACUCCUGAGAAGCCUCUUUCUGACCUCGGUCUUUUGUCCUAUCGCUCCUACUGGUCCCAGACGAUCUUGGAAAUUCUCAUGGACCUUAAACCUGACAAUGGAGAAAGGCCACAGAUUACCAUCAAUGAGAUCAGUGAGAUCACAAGUGUAAAGAAAGAAGACGUCAUUUCAACGCUUCAGUACCUCAACCUCAUCAACUAUUACAAGGGUCAGUACAUCCUGACUCUUUCAGAGGACAUUGUGGAUGGGCAUGAAAGAGCGAUGCAGAAGAGACACUUGCGCAUAGAUCCAAAAUGCCUUCACUUUACACCUAAGGACUGGAGCAAGAGGGGCAAGUGGUAGAGUCCCGGCCCGGUUCACUAAAUGCCCUCCCCAACCACCAGAUAGCAGACUUGAAACAAACGGUGGAUCAGAUAAAGGUCUUUGUCAAGCUGUCUCGAGAACACCGUUACCUUUUUGAACCCAGGACUUCUUCAGAUAAGAAAUGAGGAACAUAAAGUGUCACUUGAGAUGCAAACGCUUUUAUUGUGAAUAUUCAUUAUAUAUUGUGAAAUUAAAUAGCUCUCAAACUUGGGGACAAAAUAGAGACUGGUUAACAGUGACACCGCCAAAAAAUACAACACACCUUCUACUGUGUAAAAGAUCCUCUUUAUGACCGACAGUGCGUUAAAAGUGACUUAUGGUGUCUGUUUGAUAGUGUAAAUUAAAGCCUAAAGCGGCAAACAUACACACCACCUGAUAACAACAAGUGGGUGGUUUUAUAGCUAAAUUGAGUUCUACAGUGAAUUGCUUCAUCUUUUGAUGAGUUUACAUUAAUGUAACACCACAAAGGGGAGUUAUUUUCCUUAAAUUCAACAAGGAAAGUGUGUUUAUCCACAUCCUUUGUAUCUGCCACACAACAACGUAGAUAAAAUAUCAAAGUAUUUAUGUAUCCCAACAAGGUUUAUAUGUAAACAGAUUCUUUGUGUGAGUCUAUUCAAUGAGAUCAUUUUCUUUGUUUUUCAGUCAAAUUUGAGAAACUUUAGUUGAUGGAAAAUGUACUUGUAGCACUAAUUUAACAAUUGGACAACUAAUGUCUGAACAGCACUCCAAAUGAUCAAAACGUUCUACUUUGAAUAGUGAUUUUUUGUACAAAGUGUGCAGGCUUCAAAACAUCUCUCAUGUUCAUCUUCCUGGACACCCGGAAUACUUUUGAAAACAAUACCAAGUGACAGACAGACGGUGGUUACAUUUACACUCACUUAUUAACAGUGACUGAAUGAGAUAUGUAUUGUGAGUGUGUGAACAGGGAAAAGGCACAAGGAAUCCAGUUUUCAGAUCUGUCUCGAGAGAAAGAUACCUGCUCAUUUAAUUCUUCAUUUCACUUUAUUGUGUGUUUGACUGUUGUAUUUUAAUGUCUCUUAACUAACAGAAAUGUGGUUGUAAUUCCCCGCUACGAUAUUAAAAUAAACAGUUGGGAUGCAGAUAAAAAAAAAAAAAAAUCAACUAGACAUCAAGACCUACAGUUAUAAUGUUGUUUAAGAACCAACACGGUCAAUUCAGGUUUGUUAUCUUUUCCACUAGUAACUCUGCUUUUCAUUUCCCUAUAUUUUAAAUAGUUGGAAGUAUUUAUGCUCUUUGUGAUCAUUCAGGUGAAUAUUUCUUCCUUUUUUCAGAUAAUCCCCUGUCAUGAUCAUCUGUACAGCGUGCAAUGAGACAAAUCAGUUCCCACGUUAUACAUAUGUUUCCUGUAACUGUACAUACUGAACCUGAUUGUAAAAGAAAAACUUAGAAGACAGAAGCCAUGUUGAACUGUUAGAGGAAUGUAAAUUUUGUGUACAGUUGUCUUUGUUGUUUUUUUACUUAAUGUAAACUUAACUGGCUGCACAAUAUCAACAGGAAAAGACAUAAAAGUGAUAUCUUACUUUGAGUUUGUGUUUUAUGUUUACAUGUCACACAGGAUGUUGAAUUUACCCUGUUGAAAUGAUUUAGUAUAUCUUUAAGUGAAACACAGUUGAGAGUAUGAUUUGAACAUUUGAUAUGAAAAGCUUGUUGAAUUGAUAAAAAAAAAACAUCUUUAAAAACCC